AUGGAUACAAGGAAAGUGUCCAAGAAACUAACAGAUUUGUUUUCUUCGCCUAAAGUAACAUUUACUGGUUAUCGUGAAUAUGGACUGCUUUUCUUCGACAAAAACUCGCUAGUUUUGGUUUCUAUUGAAGCUCCGAAUUCUGUAAAUGAUACUCCUACAUACACGAAGGUCGCGGUAAGUUUUUUAAAGAUUUUUUUGGUUUUUAGAAACAAACUUUUGUUAGUUUUUUAUAGUUACUUGUUAAUGACAUAACUUUUUUGAAAGAGUGGUUGAAGACUUGAAACUUUAUGGCAUUGCACAUUAUUUGGUUGGUUAACUACUCAGUUAAAGAUAUUUUUAAUUCUUUGGAGUUUUCAGAAGUUAAAACCUUAAUAUCCUAACCCUACUUAUUUUUUUUGAUAAAGUUUAGUCCUUUUUGUUUGGAACCGCUAAUUUCGAACUAAAAACAACAAUUUAUCAGCAAUGUCUGCAGUAUUUUAGUAAUUAGGAAUUAUUUAUGACUCGAUCUUUACAUAUUUCAUUUCAGACUGUGAAUUUCACUCAAAAAGUGCCAGCAUAUCAAGAUGUUGUGGAGAUUAUUCCCACUAGCAAUGGAAAGUUUGUGGCUUUGUGUGGUGUUCGAAUGGUUAUGGUUGUGGAAAUGCCAAGAGACUUUUGGGAUUGUCAGUCGUUAACAAAGCUAUCCAGUACAACUCACUUUAGAUCUCAAUAUAAUGCUGAGUAUGUUUUUUUUGCUUUUAUUUUUAUAUUUAGAUGUUUUUUCAAAGAAAACGUAAUUAGUAUAGCAUUUUGUUUACCUAAAGGUUUUUUCGGCUUUAUGGUGAUUGUGAAUUUUAUUUUUUAAAUCAAAAUGUUUUAGAUUAUCAAUCAUUAACUCAAAUCUUCUCAUAUCUCAAAAAGGUGCUCCAAUUCAGAAGGUGGCAUGGUUAAAUUUGGAGCAAUCUAACGCACGGGGGAACUUUUUAGGGGUCUUGUACGAUGAUAAUAAAUUGAGGUAAGUUUGUUUAUCUUCUUGUGCUUGAGUUGUAUAAUUUUUGAGCGUUUUUUCAAGUUUUAAGCAUUUUUCAAACUGUAUAUUAUACUUAUAUAAAUGUUGUUUUAUGUGUUAAAAAUUGGAUUACAAGUAGUAUAACAAAUGUUUUAGGGUAUAUCAAGUUGUGAAGAGUAAAAGCCAGCCGAUUGCUUCGAUCGACUUCUCAAGCGUUCUGUUAGGUGCUGAUGAGACCGAGCGAUCUUAUACUGGUAAAGGAUAUGGAUUUGUGUCUAAGAUUGGUAUGUUCUUUUUGUCAUAUUUUUUAUUUUAGCCCUAUUGUUGUAGUAAGUCUAUUUGAAGCUCUGCGACAAGGUCUAAUUUUUGGAAGAUAGAAGGGAAACAUGGAUUUUUGUGUUUUUUAGUACAAAUAGGAAAUUUUUUAGUGUAAUGCCAUUUUAAGUAUUACCGAUUUUAGUGUCAUUUGAAUUUGGAUCAGAGAUUCUGAAGUCAAACGAAGAUAGGACGUGGUUAUCAGUCGUUGCAUUGGAUGAUAGCGGUGAAGUGUACUACGCUGAGUUUCACACAGAUUUUGAUUUGUAAGUUGGUUUUAUAUCGUGUUUAAAAUGGUUUAUAUGUUCAAAAAGGUAUGGAAAACAAUUUGUAAUGAAGAUAAAAGAGAAGGAGGACCUAAUUUUAAUUUCAGAGAAGCAAAACCAAUUGGACCGAUCGACUUGAAAGGGAUACGACCAGAAGACAUGGAAUUCUACUCGAAUUCAGAAGAUGUAGUCUUUAUCACCAAUGACUUUGACCGAAAGCUACCUGUGUUUGCUUUCUGUUCACUCAAAGGUGAAGUCUUUCAUGCUUUGCUUCACAGAAGGAACAGUGAGGUAUGUUUGUAGGUUUAUAUAAUGUUAUGUUUAUGGGCUUAUGUAAUGAUAUAAUGUGUUUGAAGAAGAAAUCCUUCUUUUUACUACGAAUUAGUUUCAGAAUGUAGAGUUGGAGUUGUUGGAUUCUGUUCGCCUUAGUGAUUGGGUACCAGAGAACAAAUCAGUUGUUCUCAAAAGAGGUAACUAUUUUUCUGUUUAGAAUUGAUGACAUUGGUUGAUUAAUGUGAGACUAUUUCUUCAUAUGACUUAAACGAAAUUUUAUAUGAAAUUAUAUAACACUACACUUGCGCUAUCUUAAUGACAUGUUUUUUAAUUCAAUGACAUACUUUUUGUGACAUUUUCAGAUCCAAACCAAGCCGGAUCUUACCUAAUAAUCAACGAAAAGCAAGUAGUGUCAGUCGAUGCCACAAACACAAUUGCUUCAUUGAUACAAAGCAAUGGAUCUAACACUCAACUUGAAUAUUGCACUGUAAAGUCAUUGUUCUUCAACGUAUCUUCGGAUGACAUCGAAAUCUCAAGUGUGGCGUUAGUUCUGUUGGAAAAAGGCAGCGGUUAUGUCACAUUAUUGGCUGUAGCAGACACAGAACCAAAUUAUUGGGCUAGUUUUAUCUACCGCACCACGAAAAAGACCGUAAUCGAGCCGGAGUUGAGGAACAACAGAGCUCCACCAGAUCACAUCAAAAAGAUCAUGGCGGUGAAAAUGGCACAGAACGUAGGUGUUCCACAGAUCUCCAUCAAAACGACGAAUAAACAGGAACACAAGAAGAUUAUCGACAGUUCAGUAGAGAACCUGAUUGGUCAAGUUAGCUUUCAAACGGCCAUGUCUGCUAAUGUUGUCAAAUAGUACGUUGUUUUCGAUGAUUUGAUUUUAAAAUAUAUAGUAAGAGGUUUUGUAAGAAAUAUAAAAAUCGUGUAUUAUAUUGUAAAAAAUAUCAACUGGUACUCUUUAGUAUUGGAGAAGUAGAACAAAGAACUAAACAGGUAAUGGAAGCAAAAGAAGGUGUGUUUGACAAAGUCAAAGAGAUCUUCGAAAACGUCAAGAAGAGCAAAAGAAAGUUGUCCGAAGUGAAAGCAGAGUACGCCAUGCUAGAAGACAGGUUCAGCAGAGUAAGUCUUCUUUCAGAUUCUAUAUGAAAAUUGAUUUAUGCAUGUUGAUGUGUAUUUUGUAAGAUAUACGGAAUUGCUAUUAACAGUGUAAGUGAACGGCUUGAUAUAACAAUUUAAUGUUGUUGUAGAUUAUCGACGUAGUAGAAGAACGAUCAUACAACCUCAAAGACGAUACUCAAGCUAGGACCACAUUGGAAGCGAUCAAAGACCAAUGUGAAGAUUUCUCAACAGAAUUGGCCAAUUCCUGUAACAGACUCAUCAAGAUCCAAUCUAAACUAAAAGCCCCUGCCAAACCCUUCCAAGCCUCCAUCAGUGCGCAGACUUUUAUGUUAUCUAAAAAGUAAGUUAUUUUAAGUGAUUAUUUUAUUGUGAUUCUAGUGGGGUUGAAAUCGCCGAACUGGAGAAUCAAAUGUCCCGGGUCAGUAGCCAGCUGGCCAAAUUCGAAGAGAGAACGUCGGUAUAA